CACCUCCACGUGUUCACACACUCUCUACUCAGUCACAUGGCGGAACAGAGGGACACAUGCAGAAAAAAACUCUGCUCAUUAACUAAUGAGCAGGAUGUUAGAGACACACACACACACACACACACACACAGAUUAUCUCAUCCUGUAAUAGAGUGGCAUCGCCCUAUUCUGUCUCUUCAUUCAUGAAGUGAAACUAUUUUUGUGGUGGACUUGACUCUCCUUUGCAGGAUGGAGGCGGUGGCUCUUUUCUCUUUCGCAGCAUCAGAAGCAGACGAGAUCAGUUUUCAGAAAGGGGACAUUAUCAAGGUGACCGAAAUGGAAGAUGAUUCUUGCUGGGUCACAGCAGAGAUCCAGGGGAAGCGUGGCUACGUGCCAGAGAACUACAUUUCCCUCCUUCCUUAUCCGUGGUUUGCAGGACGGGUGUCAAGACUUGAUGCUGAAAAGCGUCUGUGCUGGCAGGAGACUGGAGUGUUCCUGGUGAGGGAGAGUGAAUCAGCUCCUGGAGAGUUUUCGGUCUCCGUUAGCUUCGGAGAGAGGGUGGAACAUUUCCGGGUGCUGGAGGGGGGCGGUCAGUACUGCAUCUGGGACGAGUCGUUUUGCUCCCUCAACCGUUUGGUGGAUUUCUACAGAACUCACAGCAUCGGCGUGGAAAAAGUGGUCUACCUCAGAGACCCUCCUGCAUCCCCUGGCCUGCUGUCCCAGCCUGGGCGUAACCCGUACCCCAACCCUUAUAAAAGCAGCUCUCAGGAGUCCCUCCCCUCAGCCCGCCUCCACUCCCACCCCUCUCACCCAGAAAGAGAGCCCUCCCAGCAUCUGCAUGAACCAGUUGUGGGGAAACCCCGUCUGGCUCAUGCCCUCUGUGACUACACCCCCCCUCAGACCGCCCACCUCCACUUCCUGCGUGGUGACAUCAUCGACCUGCUGGACUGCUCGAGCUCACGGACCUGGAGAGGGUGCUGUCGAGGCCGAGUGGGAAUCUUUCCGCCAGAAUUUGUCCAGCCGCUGUAUCACUGACACCACAGCAAACUGUAUCACUGACACGUAUCGGUCACGCUGUAGGGACUUACCUUCCUUAUGCAAUGAUCCAACUAGUGAUGAAACAAUUAGUCCAAUAAUCGAUUAAUCCACCGAUUCAAUUUUCAUUAUUGAUUGAAGGGCCCGAAAACGUAUUUUCUCAAUCAGCUUCAGAGUCCUGUGUGAGAACAGCGUUUUUUUCAGCCACAGUUGGUACAGUUUUUGUUAUUACACAUGAAAUAUUU